AAGAAAUCCACAACUGAAAUGGCAACAACGCUUGUGGUAAAGAGGGAUGACACAAGGGGGUUAAAAUUGUACUACCUUAUUAUCGAAGGAGGUGGUCUAGUCUUAAGAUGUGUUCUAGACAGAAAAUUCUCCACGGAAGCUAGAUCGAUAAUCGAUCCGGACAUUAAAUUAGAACUACAAAAGUUGAAGUUGAGAGGUAUUUUAAAGGAAUCGCAAUUAGAAAAGAUUUACCCAAGCUCAGGUGCAUUAUCAUCAUCUGAAGAUUAUGAUAUGACUCUUCUAGUUGCUUUACUCAGGGCUAUAUUUUGUGACAGGAAUUAUACAGGAUGGUUUGAAGGCAAUGAACCUGCUGUCAACGAUCAUUCUGAUGAAGCUGAAAUAGUGCGCAUCAGAAACCUAAGAAAUACAAUUAUACAUAAGGCGAAAACUGGACUGACUGAAACUGUAUUUCGGAAACUUUGGCAAGACGUAACUGAGGUAUUGGUGCGGUUUGGAUCAAGGGACAUUCCAGAUCUAAAAUCCAAGUUGGACAAACUCGAAUCAGAUACAAUAGACAAAGAACUUGAAAAUGCUAUUCUUAACAAUUUGAAUCAAUGGAUUGAGAUGGAGAAAACUUUGGAAGGGUUUGUGGUUCAAACAAUAAAAGAGCACAGUCCAAAAGGUAAGGUUAUGUGUUGAUUACGCUACAAUGUU